AUGGCAAAGAGAGGUCAAGCUAAAUCAAGAGCUCAAACAGAUGAAGAUUUCGGACUGGAUGAAGUUGAUUCUUUCCAUGCUGAAAGAGAAAAGAUUCUAUUAAACGAAGCUGGCCCAAGUAGGCAAAGAGAUGAGGAUGAAGAUAGCGAUGAGGAAGUUUUAGGAGUCUCAGAUGCCAGUGAUUCAGAAGAGGAUGAUGAAGCUGAAUUCUUUGGAAAGAAGGAUGAGGAGGAUGUUGAAGAUGAAGAAGAUGAAGGUGCAUGGGGUUCAACAAAAGGUGCAUAUUAUGGUGCUGAUGAUUUGGAUGAUGAAGAAUCAGCUAAACUUAUAGAAGAAGAAGCAUUACGUCAACAGAAAAGACAUUUAGAAGAGCUUAACAUGGAUGAUUUCGUUGAUGAAGAGGUCGAAGAAGAAUGGACAAAGAGCGCAAAGAAACAUGAUUUUGGCAGUACAGAUGCCUCUUCCAACAAGACCUUGCAAACUUUUCAAAGCAUUUCACAACUUGAUCCAAAAGCUAAGCGCAAAUAUAUCUCAACCUCACAUCCAGAGUUCAUACCCUUAUCCAAAGAGCUUUCCAAAUUGAAGCCUACAUUAGAUGGUUUGAAAGAACGUAAAGAUGAGAAUGAAGUUUUGAAUGUUAAAUUUACGGCAUUAUCUGCGUACUUGGGUGCUAUAAGUUCAUAUUUUGCUGUCUUUUUGGCUCUUUUGAAAGACGAAGAACCAUUUACAAUGAAAGAACAUCCAGUCAUGGAAUGUAUAUUGAGUUCCAAAGAAGUUUGGAGACAGGCUAGUGAGCUAUAUGAAGAUGAUGUUUCUUUAAGUGAUGAUGAAAAAUACAACACCAAAGCUUUGGAUAAUUCCGAAAACAAUUCAUCUGAGGAUGCAUCAGAUAAUGACGAAGAUGUUUUUGAUUCAGCGUCAGAGAGUAUGGGUGAAGCUGAACAGGAUGAGGAAGAAAGUGAAGUAGAAAUUGAUAUAUCUAAGCCUCGUAAUUUCAAGAAGGUUAAGUCACAAGCACAAGAAGAUUUCGCUGAAGGUGAAAUUGCUGAUGUUGAUGCAGAAGAAAAGAAGACUCGUAAGCGUACUUUGCGUUUCUACACUUCCAAAAUUGAUCAACAAGCAAAGAAAAAUGAUGAAAGAUACACUGGUGACUUGGAUAUCCCUUACAAAGAACGUCUGUUUGAAAGACAACAAAGAUUGAUUGAGGAAGCUCGUAAACGUGGUCAACAUGAUGAUAAUGGUGAAGAUUUAGAUGCCGAAAAUGACUAUGAUUCACAAGAUGAAAAAGAUGCCAGAGAAGUCAACGCUGACAAUGAUUCAUACUACAACACAAUUAAAUCUUCUAAAAUCAAAGAAAAAACUCAAAGAAUAGAGGCUCACAACCAAGCUGUUAAAGCUGCAAAAGAAGGUAAAUUGGCUGAACUACAAGAAAACCUGGGAGAAGAUGGUAAGCGUGCUUUGAAUUAUCAAAUAUUGAAAAACAAAGGUCUUACUCCACAUCGUAAUAAAGAUAACAGAAACUCCCGUGUUAAAAAGAGAAAGAAGUAUGAAAAAGCACAAAAGAAACUCAAAUCUACACGUGCUGUUUAUUCACAACCUUCUGGUCCAUAUGAAGGUGAAAAGACUGGUAUUAAGAAGAAUUUGACAAGAUCCACCAAAUUUUGA